CGUAUGGUCGUGUUUACCAUACUUUGCGAGAUAACUUUAAUAUUUUGAUGACGACGGAGAUUAGCGGUAGUGCUAUGGUUUGUGCAAAUAGACUUACAGAUGGUAGCUUAUCCCGGGCACAGUAAAAGUUGAUAAGGCACUGAUACAAAGCAUGACAUUCGUUCACUGAUUCAGUCGAUCUGUUGACAGCGAACGAUACACAUCGUGUAUUUACAUAACUUAGCGCGAUACUGAAUAUACGUAAUUAAUUACUACGUUUCAUUUAUCCCAAUUUCAAAGUAUUUUAUGUACUUUUUUUUUUUUGUACACAGUAUAUACUUAAACAUUUUAUCGGUGGACUGUCAGUUCGUUUAAUUUGUGUUUGUGCGUGUUAUUUUCUUAACAGUAUCCACGCUUCAGGAAACCGAUCCUGACAGUGUUUUAUGCCGUGGUUCUACGGGGAGAAUGUCAACGACGCCAUUAAAAAUAGAUACACUCGCGAAGCGUCUAUGCCUGAUUGAAAUAUUAAAUUGCAAAUCCAUCAUCCAUUGUACAGGAAAGAAGAAACAUUUUCAUCGCGAGUCAUGAUUUUCGCACGUGAAUAUAUACAUUUAAAGCGUUUGAGAAUAUUCUACUAGAUAAGGCGAUGAAAAGUUCAGGAGAAGCUGUAUUGAAAAAAAAGCAAAAGUUGACCUUAAAUGGCCCCGAGUACUGAUAGUCAAAACAUAUUAGUGUCUUUUCUACUAAAGCGAUUUUUAGUUAAUUGUAAGCCAAGAAGUUCCGUGUCUAAAAAGGAAAGACCUCGAAUUUCGACUUUUAAAUGUGUAGAUCAUCUGCGAAAACUACGACAAACAAUUUGCAUACGCUCUCGCACGUCUCCUAACGCUUUCGAAGAGGAGGGUGCUCGUCCAAGAGAUUGGCAGCCUCGUAGGUCUCAGUACAAGGUGCCGCUGAGACUAUUGCGAUUAUGUUUGCUCGGGAUGUUUCUUCCAGCCGUGUUGGUAGCGGGCCCGAUGUACUUGCGAUAUCGCGUUUAUUCCGAGCAAUUGUACCCUUUAACCGUCUCCGAUCAGAGGCUAAUCGAUGCAAAAGUGUCGACGACCUGGUGCCAGAGUCAGGUGAUCAAAGUUAACACCACGUUCAAUGCCUACUUGAUGAGCGACGAACCGAAGGUUAAAAGCGAAAUACAACCUGUCUCGAUGACCAGACACCUAAUUCUGGAAGACGAUAUGAAGGAAUACUGGGGCUUUUACCUCCUCAGCGGCAGCAGUGUAACCGUCUCCACUUGCGUGAGAUGGCCUGGUGCAUCCUUGACGAUCAUUCGUGGACACAAGCAUCUGCACGAGUGCGCAUUCAUCGGGGAUGACAGUAGCGAGGAACUGGAGGAACUCCUCGAGGCUGCCAAAGAGACUGGAUUUCUCACAGUUAAUGGAACGCUACCGGACGAGAGUCCAAGCAACGCGCCAGAGAAGAUGAAGAGAGUUCAGCAGGGAGUGCAGUUCCACCACAAGGACCACGCUCACCUCCACAACAGUUCGAAGCACGCGACGAAUCGAAUGGAGCAUCACUAUAACAGCCACGAAUUAGACGCCAAAGCGAUGAGGACCAUCCUCACGGAAUUGUUCGCCAAGACUUUAGGCACGAAGAAGAAGCAGAAAGAAAACCCUCACCAUCAUUACGAGGGCACGUUCGUGGAGACGGCCAACAUCGACAAACCGCCCCUUCAAUAUUCUCCGGACGUCGUUAAGAAAGUGAUGAGCAAAAACGCGGAAACGACGAAGACUUUAGAAAAGCUCCCCGAGAAGAAACAUGAGAAAUCGAAGGACGAAAACGAUCGACAGAAUCGCGCUGCCGAACAAGAAAUACUCAGACAGAGGAAGAAAGCUGAGAAAGAAGUGAAAGAAGCCUCGGGGAGGUCGGAAAACAUGGGACCCACUUCUUCAGAGGUGUUCAACGAUGUUUUGGAUAAGAUUAGUUCACUGGGCUACCGUGGCCAGAAGAUCCUGAGGAGAUUGAUGGUCGAAAUGGAGAAGAAGGGCCCCGAAGGGGAAGCACUGCGACGAGCUGUGAAUGAAACGAUGAAGGAUCAGAAGCUUUCUUUCGAGGAGAAGCAAAGAAGGAGGAGAGACUUGAUACUGUCUUCGUCUCUCCAGAGGGAGCUCACGGAGGAGGACGAGGAUGGCGAUGCUGCUAUCGAAGAGGAUAUGUUGCACCCAGAUGGUAUCGCCGAGGACAGGGGAACCGUCAACGAGACAACCCUAAACGACAGGAGCAACUCUGAGUUCUGGAGUUCGUUCAGCAGCUCCGAGGAGCGACUCCUGGAAUGCAAAGGUCUGAUCUUGAAUCUGCCAUUGACGCCUCAUCGAUAUUGCACCCCUAAAUACGAGCGUGAUCAUCUCGCUGCUUCGUUCGCGAACACAGUCACGUACAGGGUGCCCAUGAACGGCUAUUACUUCUUCGUCUUCAACUCCGAGAACGAGAUCCAGCCCAACUUCCUGCGGGUGCGUUUCGACCUCCUGAAGACUGUCUACAACAUCUCCAAUCCUGUCCACUCUUGCAAGAACAGUACAUCGGAGUGUUCGCUGCCGUUUCGAAUCUUCAGCAGCGAGAGGACCGUUUUGGAGUUGCCUUUGAGCGGGAAUGACUCCCAGUGGAACGAGGAAUAUGUUGUGGUCUCAACGUGCGAGCCUAGGACCUCUAUUUAUCUACUCUGCAUCAUGCUGGUGCCAUUGCUCAUCCUCGUGUUUGCGUUUCACUGACACCGCGCCUACCGUCAGGGCGUCGAAAGGACAGUAUUCCGAUAAUGCUCACUUUUUGUAAAUAUUAGGCUUAAGUCGACCUAAACACAAGCCAUUGUCGCGAAUGGCCAAGUACAACAGUAUUUCUUUUCCUCCUGGACAGCUGCGAUUCACUAGCUGGUUUGUGAUAGUCAAAGAAAAAUAGUUAUAGUUCACUGUCUGCGAUAACACGGGGAAGAACAGAGGCGGUGAUACUAACGCUCGACAUAUGUAGAUAGACUUUUAUAAAUAUGUAUAUAGUACUAGUACGUUUUAUAGACUUUAUCAUAUGUGAUGCACUAAUAGAUUAGUACCAUACGAGAUUAGUUUCUUGUCAAAUACUGAGAUAUUUUUAUUUUCUUAUCAAGAAUAUAAAUAUUCUUAGUUUUUCUGUUCCUAUAAGGAACUGAUCGAUCACUGUUUCUAUCCAAUAUUGGAUAUCACGAAUUAACUCAAUUUCACAUCGUUCUGUGACCCUAAAGUAGUCUUCGACGUUUAUUUUAUUUAUUACAGGGUCUUGCUCUCCUUAAUUUAUUAUCCUAUCAUGCUAUCCGACGUACUCCUAGAAGCUUUCGUCGCCAGUUGCACGUUAUCAAUCACUUUGGGAUUAAGUUUGUAAACUAGAGACCGCGAAGACGAUUUAUAUUUUUAAUAAAAAAUAACCAAAUAACUGUAUCAAUCGUUCAAUAUGUAUUUAUUAGAUGGAUAAGGACUCGUUGUAUUAAGUCAUUUAUGUACAAUAAGAAUACAAAAAUAAAAAAAAUCACUCCAAAAAUUACGUCCUUCAAGUGCAUUAAACGUUGAAAAAACUUUAAGAAAUGGUAAAAAAAGAUUCAAGAAUACACUAUACAAAGUACAGGUAAGAACAUAUUAUCUGCAACUA